AACAGCAGAAACGCCAAUGGUCGUUUAUGCUGCAUUCUCCGUUGUGCAACUCUUAUGACAGACAAAUCUUUGAACGCUUCGUUUGCUAGUGGGACUUCUUUUGGGUCGACUUUACGAUCAGGCGCUUCGUCUUCGCCUUUCACGUUGCCUAGCUCUGCAACUGGAGAAGGAUUUCUACGAAAUGUGCUUCCUAGUGGAAUUAAUCCAACAGGACGGUUACAGUCCAUUCGCCCUCCACGUGAUCUGACUCUAGGUAUGGGAACAGGAGCCAAGCCAAGCUCUCGACGGUUCACUCCCACUAUACCGCAGAGAACAAGAGCAGUUGAUGAUAAAUCAGCUUCAGCAGUGAAGACAGAGCAAUCUGUGGCUGAUUGCAGUAAAAAGAGGGGACGGGGCAGAGGUAGAGGUAGAGGCAGGAAUGAUAAUACUAGGCGGAGAAGCGGAGGAAGAAGUGAGACAGAGUUGAAACAAACUCCGUCCGUGUUCUCUGCAGGGCCUGCACAGAAGACCAUCCGACGUCAGUCUGUUGGAUUCAGUGGGAAUGGGAGUAGUGGAGCAAAGACUGAUGUUAAGGGCAGCCAGUGGCCUGGACAAAAGAUUGUGAGAGCAGAAAGUUCAAAGCGAGAAAUUAAUGAACGAGAUUAUUCAGACAGGCAAAUGGAUGGCCUGGUGGAUACAAUGGACGUUGACGAAACUGUUUUCAGUGGACCAACAGAGAUGAUUCCAGUCUGUUUGCCUCUGACAAAAAUCUCCACAAACCCUGUCAAACCAAAGAAAAAAAUGGACAGAGUUGUUGAGGGUUUGAAACAAGACAAACUGUCUGCCAAUGGGAUAGUCAAGAUUGAAAAGACAGAAUGUGAUAGUUCGAUCAUGACUCAACACUCUGCCUCAAAGACUGAUCAUGAUCAUAUAGCUCAGUUAUUUGAAGAAGCUUCAAAUGAACGGUUACUGUUCAUGCAGUUGCCUGACUGUGUAUGUGCUGCUGCAGGCUGUGAUGAGAAUGGUAAGGAAGAGGGGCAGUCAGAUCAGCAAUCAAGAGCUGGUCUAGCGGAUGCUCCAUCAGGUUAUGCAGGUGUGUUGAGAGUUCACAGGUCCGGUAGAGUCUCUAUGCAACUGGGUAACAUAACAAUGGACGUGACUGCUGGUGCUGGAAGUGGAAACCUGCAACAAGUUGUGUCAGUCCAUCCAGAGGAAGAUGGUCAGUAUUUAGGUGUCCUUGGCAACAUUCAACACCAUCUCAUUUGUAACCCAGAUUUGGAGCAACUGCUGGAUUCUAGAUGAGGCAUUUCAUACUAACAAAUAGUCAAAUUCUAAGAAAAAUAUUUAUCCACUUGAAUUGAAUUUGUAUUGUUUAAUAUAUAAUACAUGCAGUUGAUGAGUUCAUUGACUGACUCAUGU